GUAAGCCAAUUUCAAAAAGACCCUGAGUGUGGAAAAACUAAAGGUUGCUAUAGCAACUGUAACAACAACGCGUGCGAUCUGCUGGCAUCGUGGGAAAACAAGGGAAGCUAUUUUGUAAUGACACUGAAAUCAGGAUUUGCAGCCCCUGGUGACAAUUAUGUUGCCUUUGGGCUCAGUCAGACAAGUACAAUGGGUCCAGCGAGCGUGGUAGCAUGUACCAGUUACCAAGGGAAGCAGGGCGCAUACGCUUCAUACAAUGAUGCAUCUCAUGGAAACAGUCCAUUGCAAAAUGUAAGGUAUCCCUUUCCAAACCGUCAACAACAACAAAAAUACGGCCUUUCGAACAUAACAGGCAGCUACUCUGGUGGUGUCCUGACAUGUACGUUGAGCAGACAGACAAGUUCCAACAACCCUAACAUCUACGACCUGAAGCAACAGUGGUACAUAAUCACAGCUAGGGGUGUGGCUGGGAAAGCUGGUGAUCUUGCACAACAUGCAGUUGCAGAUAGAUCGGUAUGGUCAUCAAAAGUGGACUUUACCGAUCCUACGGUGGACAUAUCUCUAGAAACUCCUGACUACCCCUUAGUUAAAGCGCAUGGUUGCCUGAUGGUCAUUACGUGGGUGCUAGCUGCAAGUAUCGGGCUCACCAUGGCCAGGUUUUUCAAGAAAAUGUGGCCUGACAGUAAAUUUGGUGGUGUCAAGAUUUGGUUUGCGGUUCAUAGAGUGGCCAUGGUUGCAGCUUUUGUCCUUGGAAUCACGGCUUUCAUUUUGAUCUUCAUCCAAGUCAAAGGCUAUAGUGAGACAAGUGGUCCGGCCUACAUGAAAGCGCAUCCGGUACUUGGGAUCAUGGUCACUGCUCUACUCUUUAUCAAUCCCUUCAUGUCGUUAUUACGUUGCGCCCCUGACCAUCCACAGAGGGAGCUCUUCAACUGGGCUCACUGGUGUGUGGGAACAUCAGCCCAUAUACUGGGAGGAGUGACGAUUGUCCUAGGCCUGUAUAUGCCUAAAGCUCUCCUGGACGCCGACAAAGGUUUGGUUGUCAUGAUCGUCUAUGGCUCCUGGUACAUCAUCUUCUUCCUUAUCAUGACUCAGCUGGACUACAAGUUGAUAAAAAGCUCAGAAUACCCCCCCCCCCCUCCCCCCCUUCCCCUGCAACCCCUUAACGUCAUUGAGGAAUCAAAUCU